AUGAGCCGCGGCCGCCUCUCCGGCUCCAGGCGCCUGGACGGGACCAGCGGCGCCGCCUUUGGCGCCUCGUCGCCGGCGCCCGAGGAAACUUAUGAUCAUCUUCUGGAUGUUCAGGUUACUCGGGAGCAAUUAAACCACCAUCGGAACCUGGCUGAAAAUGCCCGAAGUGAACUUGCAGCAACUCUGGUCAAAUUCGAAUGUGCCCAGUCCGAGCUUCGAGACCUCCGAUCCAAGAUGCUUUCUAAAGAAGCCUCCUGUCAGGAGCUGAAGGCUGAAAUGGAGAGCUACAAAGAAAACAGCGCCAGAAAAUCAUCUCUCCUCACCUCCUUGAGAGACAGAGUUCAGGAGUUAGAAGAAGAAUCAGCGGCGCUUUCCAAUUCUAAAAUCAGAACAGAAAUCGCAGCUCAGUCUGCAAUCAAGGACAACCAGGAAUUAAAGAAGAAAAUCGUGGAACUAGACGAAAAAUUACAAAAGUGUUCAAAGGAAAAUGAGGAGAGUAAGAAACAAAUCUCAAAGAACUUCAGGAAACACGAGGAAUUUCUAUCUCAACUUGGUGACUGCCUGGAUCCAGAAAGGAAGAAUGAAAAGGCAUCAGAAGAAGAUUUAAUUUUAAAGCUCAGAGAGCUGUGCAAAGAAAAUGUAUCCAUGAAAGGACAGAUUGUUACUCUUGAAGAGACUGUAAAUGUCCAUGAGAUGGAGGCAAAAGCUAGCAGAGGAACGAUCAUGAGGCUGGCUUCAGAAGUCAACAGAGAGCAGAGAAAAGCUGCCUCCUGCGCUGAAGAGAAAGGCAAGCUGAACCAGGACUUGCUCAGUGCUGUAGAAGCAAAAGAAGCUCUUGAAAGAGAAGUUAAGAUCUUCCAAGAGAGGCUGCUUGCCGGCCAGCGGGUCUGGGAUGCCUCCAAGCAGGAGCUGAGCUUGCUGAAGAAAAGCUGCGAUGAGAUGGAGAAGAAUUUGAAGGCCAGUCUGGAUGCAGCCACGGCCUCGCAAAGCCAGUACUCCUCAUUUAGGGAGAAGAUCGCAGCCCUCCUCAGGGACAGAGUGGGCACAACUGGGUCCACGGAUGAUGCCAUUUUGAAGAGGAUUCAAGAAAUGGGCAGCCGAGAAGAAAGCAGGGACAGGAUGGUCUCCCAGCUUGAAGCCCAAAUAUCUGAGCUUGUGGAACAGUUGGAACAGGAGUCUGGUUUAUACCAGAAAGCUCUCCAGAGGGCCCAGAAAGCAGAGAACAAGUUGGAGACUCUUCAGGGUCAGCUAACAUACCUGGAGGGAGAGCUGGUUUCUAGAGAUGUUUUGCAAGACAACUCAAAUACUGAGAAACAAAAAUAUCUUAAAUUUCUGGAUCAGCUUUCAGAAAAAAUGAAAUUGGACCAGAUGGCUGCUGAACUUGGCUUUGACAUGCGCCUGGAUGUGGUUUUAGCUCGCACAGAACAGCUGGUCCGCCUUGAGAGCAAAGCAGUCAUUGAAAGCAAGACCACUGCCUACAAUCUGCAGAGAAAGCUAAAGACUCAGAAAGAAAGACUGGAGAGCAGAGAACUGCACAUGAACCUCCUCCGGCAGAAAAUAGCCCAGCUGGAGGAGGAGAAGCAGGUGCGCACAGCCUUGGCCGUGGAGAGGGAUGAGGCCCAUCUCACCACCAGGAAGUUACAGAAACAGGUGGAGAGGCUGCAGAGGGAGCUGAAAGAAUGUCGGGAGGUGAACACUGAGCUUAAAGCCAAACUGGCCGACACCAAUGAGCUUAAGAUUAAAACUUUGGAACAGACCAAAGCCAUUGAAGAUCUAAAUAAAUCCAGAGACAAGCUGGAGAAGAUGAAGGAGAAAGCUGAGAAAAAGAUAAAAUCUAUCCAGUCAGAACUGGAUACUACAGAACACGAGGCUAAGGAGAAUCAGGAAAGGGCCAGAAACAUGUUAGACGUGGUAACCAGGGAAAUGAAGACACUGAAAAAAUCUCUGGAAGAAGCAGAAAAGAGAGAAAAGCAGCUGGUGGACUUCAGAGAGCUCGUGUCCCAGAUGCUGGGCUUGAAUGUGACCAAUCUUCCUCUUCCUGAUUAUGAAAUUGUCAAAUGUCUUGAAAGACUGAUCCAUUCACAUCAGCAUCACUUUGUCACCUGUGCCUGCCUCAAAGAUGUGACUUCUGGGCAAGAUAGGUACCCACAAGGCCACUUAGAACUUCUUCACUGAACACAGCAUCUCCUGAGAGUCUUCCAGGGAACCUGAACAAGACAGACUCGU